AUGGUGUAUACAAUUAAUGAUAUGAACACGACAGAAAACAACAACUUACAAGAAAAAAUCCAGUUCCAAAAGUUACAGCAGGACAAGGUCCCGGAGACAAAACCAGAAGGACCGGUUGUCAGAAGAACCAUUCCACUCCCUAGUACCAACGGAUUUACUAGCACCGAGAACUUGGUCAUGAAGUCUGGCAUGGCUAACCACACUGGGAUCGUUAAUCCUGCCUUCAGUGAGAAUGUCGACAGCGUCAACACAGAGGCGCCAUCUUGGAGUGACACAAGUAGUACCAGUGACAACAAAGAUCCCAAUAGCUCACGUGCAUCAACUCUCACGAGAACCAUGGACAAUGACGCUUUUCCGGAACCUGACCGGAACUACAGCGUAAUCAACGAAACAAGGGACUCUACUCUAUCGUUAAACCUUGAUAAAAAGUCAGCCAUUAAACCUUGGGACGUAUUUCGGAUAACGCCGAGGAAAAGUACCUCAAUAUUCGAUGACUUGUUCGUAAACGUAUUAAAAAAGGUUGUCAAGGUGAUCGUCAGUAUAUUUUUGACACUUUUCAUCAUGAUGAUGACAAUAUUGAGUAAGAGUAUGUUAUUUCUCAUAACAUCAAACAUGUACACGAAUGUGACUUUGGAUUGCGUGACAACAUUGUUGCCAAGGGAAGUGACAUCAUGUCGUCGGGUACUUCCGGACGAACCACUGAAAGACACGUUUCAAUUCUCUCAAAAUGUGGAGGUUCGAUGGGUGUGGGCUUUGUUCAUUGUGGUGUGCACGCCCUACAUGUUCACAUGCGUGAAAUCUCUAUGGAGAGUUUGUUUCAAGAAGACACGACACACAAGAUGCCGUGUGUUAGCGUUGGUUCUAGUCAUCGAAACAUUUCACUCCCUGGGAAUCAGCAUUUUUGCUUUUUACCUACUUCCGACAUUAGACCCCGUCAGAGGGCUGCUGCUGACUUUCGGGGUGGCUUUUUUGCCGUCUCUUCUAAAGAUAUUCGACAACAAGAGCGAGCGCGGUAAACCAGUCUAUCUAUUGGUAGCUGACUUUGUCGCGAUGGUGUUUCAAGCCUCAGUGUUGAUCUUUUGGCCAGCAGUGAACUUGACACGUGGUGAAAAUCUGAACGAGUCCUGGUCUAUACUCGUCUCUCUGUUUCUGAUUUCGUUAGGUUGGUGGGAGAAUUACAUCAACAAAUUCACACAUUUAGGGAAAUUUGGAAACGCUUUAAAGGAAUUUAAAAGGAAUAUUCGCCGUAUGAGGACCCGGAUUUACAUGAUAGUCAGUUUCUGGAAGAUAGUGGUCACUUUUGGAUUUAUGCUAGCUCUGAUGAGUGAAUUCAAAGCUCCAUGCGUGGCAGAACUGCUCUAUCUUGGUGAUGACAAAGCUAUGAAUUGUCCGCACUUUGUGAAUCCUUUAAAUGCGGCAAACGUUGAAAGCACAAACUACAUGAACGACCCUUUCUGGAUAAGUAUGGUGCAAGUGUUCUCUUGUCUCUUAUGUUACACGUUCGCUAAAUCUGCCUGUAAAAUCCUCUUGCAAGUUGUCAGUUUUUCUCUACCACUCAUGUUAGCGGCUCCCAUAAUGUUAGGUCUUUUUAUGGGGAACUGCGAGUCAUUUAAGUUGAAUGGAUCCACGGGCCCACUAAUGCCUGACUACCUAUACUGGACAUGUGACAUACACGGAGUUUCCUAUGACUUCCUGGAUAGCCUCGUUUCCGACUACUAUCUUCCGGUUGCCCUCGGUUGGUGGCUUUCUUUUAUGUGGGUAACCUUCCAUAUAUGGAUUCCACGUGUGGAGCGAUUAGCGCAGACAGAAAGACUUUUCGUCCAGCCACUAUACUGUGGCGUUCUCCUCGAACAAUCGUUGAUGUUAAACAGGCGUCGAGAUGAUAAAGACAGAGAAUCUCGGGGGUCAGAAAAGGUAAAACAGUUCACAGAGGAGAAUACCUACAUGCCAGCUGACAAGUUUGGACCUAGGAUGCCAAUUCGGAAUUUAUCUAUACAAUCAAACAUCACGCCCAUGAUCUAUGUGUGCGCCACCAUGUGGCACGAGACGAGAAAGGAGAUGAGUCAGAUGCUGACAUCACUUUUCAGACUGGACAAUGACCAGUGUGCUCGUAAGAAUGCACAGAAAUUUUUCGAUGUCGUGGAUCCUGAUUAUUAUGAAUUCGAAGUACACAUAUUUUUCGAUAAUGCUUUUGACGCCCACGAUGACGACGAGUACGAAUAUCGAGCAAACACUUUUGUGAAGCAGAUGAUAAGUGUAUUGGACGAAGCGGCUAGUAAAGUUCACAAGGUAAUGGUGAAGAUAUCACCCCCGACCAAGUACCCGACACCAUAUGGCGGCAGGCUGGAAUGGACACUUCCCGGGAACAAUAAACUUACCGUCCAUCUCAAGGACAAUGCCAAGAUUCGGCACAAAAAGCGUUGGAGCCAGGUUAUGUAUAUGUACUACCUACUCGGAUACAAAUUAGUGGCACAACCUCUCGACGCCCGCCGGAAGCAAAAACUGGCUGACAAUACAUUCAUCUUAGCUCUGGAUGGAGAUGUCGACUUCAAGCCUUCAGCAGUUCAACUCCUCGUUGACCGUAUGAAAAAGAACGAAAAAGUUGGAGCAGCAUGUGGACGAAUUCACCCUAUUGGAACAGGUCCAAUGAUAUGGUAUCAGAAGUUCGAAUACGCCAUAAGUCAUUGGCUCCAGAAAGCUACAGAACAUAUGAUUGGCUGCGUACUCUGCAGCCCCGGAUGUUUCUCGUUGUUUCGAGCCUCGUCUCUGAUGGAUGACAACGUGAUGAGGAAAUACACGACACUUUCGUCUAACGCGAGACACUAUGUACAGUACGAUCAGGGUGAAGACCGUUGGUUGUGUACAUUGCUGCUCCAGCAAGGUUACCGUGUUGAAUACUCCGCUGCCGCUGACGCGUUGACCUAUGCCCCGGAAGGAUUUAAUGAAUUUUACAACCAGAGAAGACGAUGGGCACCAUCAACUAUGGCCAAUAUCAUGGACCUGCUAAUGGACUGGAGAAAUGUCAUCUCCAUCAACGAAAACGUGUCCGGCCUGUACAUGCUUUACCAGCUGUUACUAUUUAUAUCGUCCCUCGUCACCCCCGGAACUAUCUUUCUCCUAAUUAUCGGUGCUCUCAAUAGCGCAUUCCGAACUGACCUCGUCACCUCUCUGAUGAUCAACCUCACACCUGUAGUGCUGUUCCUUAUUGGGUGUUUUGUUUUAAAGCCGAAAUGGCAGCUCCGCCUCGCUGGUGUGCUAUCAUUGAUCUACUCCAUGGUGAUGAUGGUGGUCAUUGUUGGUCUUGGUUUGGAAAUCAAACGAGAGGGAAUUUGUUCACCGACCACCAUAUUCCUUCUUUUCCUCGUGGGAGCGUUUAUCCUUGCCGCUGUCUUCCAUCCUCAGGAAUUUACGUGUUUGUUGCAUGGCGCCCUCUAUUUCCUGGCAGUACCAAGCAUGUCUAUGUUGCUUAUGAUAUAUUCUAUAUGUAACAUGCACGUUGUUUCCUGGGGAACACGUGAAAAUGCCGUUGCUACAAAUCCCGCGGAGCCAAAGAAAGCCGGCAAAUCCAAAAAGUUAACAUCCAUAAUGGAUAAAUUCAAAAACAAGAACCAGGAAGAUAGCGACUAUGCAUUUUCUUUCGGGAACCUAUUCAAGUGUCUGUGUUGUCCCAAAACACAACAAGACCAGACAGGAGAUACGUUCGCCGCCAUUUUAGAGAAGCUCGAUAGCCUUGAAUCAGCUAUAUUUAAGAAAAAAUCUACAGUUCAAUCUGCUGAUGCUGGAACACACGUGACAGACGAGGAUUUUAACGGAAAGGGGACAUUGGAUAAUCGGAGACGUUCGGACGAGUCCGGUAUCCGAUAUAACCCGAUCUACCAUAAUAAAGCCAUGCCUCACGAGGAUGAUACGCCAUUUUGGAUCCACGAUCCUGACAUUGGACAUGGAAAGAUCCGUUACCUCAACAAAGACGAGAAGUCAUUUUGGAAAGACUUGGUUUCAAAAUAUCUCUUCCCGCUGGAAAGUAACGAAAGCCAAAAGAAAAAAAUGCAGAAGGAUCUUAUUCAGCUUCGGAAUAAGAUAAGCUUGAUGUUUUUCAUGAUAAACGCACUGUUUGUGAUUAUCAUAUUCAGCUUGCAAUAUUCCAAUGCUACCAGUAUAAACGCAGAUGGAACACCGGGUUCUGGCCUAGCUAUUCCUCUCCCGUGCAGGGACACGGAGACAGGCAAACAACUUUCUCUGGAACCUAUUUCUCUUCUGUUCAUGGCGGUGUUUGGUAUUGCACUUGUCAUCCAGUUUGCUGCAAUGUUCUUCCAUCGUCUGGCGACCUUCCUGCACAUUAUGGCCUCGACAGAAGCUAACUGUAUGAAGCCGAAUCAGACUGAAAUCGCCCAGAUGGACAUAGCUAGUAAAGUGCAGUUAGUGAAAGAGAUGCAGAGUUUCGUUGAUGAUGAUGACACCAGGUCUAUCUCAACCACCGGAAGUGAUCUAGAUGAGGAUAGCAGUAUAACUUUAGACGAUUCUCCAAAGAUCAGACGAAGAAAGACGAUUAUACGGUUGACGAAGAGAAAGCGGCGGCAAGGUCCUCAGGCUGGAAGUCUUGGGGGAAAGUUCCUUAACAAUUUCAUUGAAUUUGCCAAGGAUCUUGAGAAACGAGGAAGUGAAAACAGCAAUAGCGGCGCCAGGAAUAGGAGGAAAGGUAGUGACAAAAAGAGGAGCAAGAAGGCCCAAAGGGCGUUAGAGUCUCUGGAACAAAACAAGGAAUCAGUUAUACAUAAGGCUGAAGUCAUCAAAGACAGAUGGAAAAACUUAGCCACAAAAGCCAAAUACGAGGGCCAAGGUAACAACUGGGGAUCUUUAUUAAGAUCGGUAAUGGGCCAAUCUCGUACGAGCCUCAACACUAUUUCCGAAGAUGACAAGCGAAACUCGUGGUUCCGAGGUUUUGUUAAGAUGACCAGAUCAAACAGUGAAUUUUCGUUACCAGAUAUGGGUUCGUGGUCAAACAGGAAUAGCUACGCUGAGCCUAUUUUCAAUAUCAUCACUGACGGUAUAGGACCAACAGACGCAUUACGUCAAAAAGACAACGUGAAAUCUAUCGGUGUGAUUAACAACGGCAAACAUGACAGAAACAUGGAUGUUAUUAUUGAAAGUGCCUCUCCCACUCGGAAGGCUGAACACAUUUAUGACACAGCCGAUGGUGGGGCGGGAAUCGUGAAUGAUUCAGACUCUGAAACCGAGGCUUCGGAUGCCUCGUCCUCACGGCAUGUGCCGCGUGACAAUGAUGUUGAAUUAAGACGGGUGACAUCCACAGAGCACAAACUUUCGAACGACACAGGUGAUACACAAUUAUGA